AUGGAUUCUUCAUUGCACGAGGUCUGGCAAGCCGCGUCAGGCAGUCCGUUUGUACCAACCAUCGGCAAGAACAGCCAAUUCCUCGUGGGCUUCGUCCUGCUCCUCAUAGGCCUAUCUCUGGCUGGUGUCUUUACCCUGAACCGUUCUCUCGUCAACCUCCCCGUCCUGGGCAUCCCCGCGUCAUUGGCACUUGCGCUUCUCAUGAUGGAUUCGCAAGCCUCCGCUGCAGCUCCGCCACUGUUCAGAGCUGUUGCCAGCUCGACCCGACCGCUCUAUCAACUCUUGAAGUGCAUCAGUUUCACCAACAAGAUCCAUGUCGAGAUCACAGAGGGCGGCCUCAGAUUUGCAGCUGAUAACUCACGCGUAAUGCAAGGUGUCGCCCACUGGAACAAGACCCUUUUCACAUCCUACACGACAAACCUCCCCACUACGGAAGACGAUGAAGAACCCUCCACCCCAAAUUUUCAGAUAUCUCUCCCUGCGCUAUUGGAGGCGCUGCAGAUUUUUGGCGCUGCCGAUGCUGCGGCUCGCCAGGCCAAGGCAGAGGCAGACCCAUACCGCAGCAACCUUCGUAAUUACCGUCCCGAUGCAUUCAGCAACCAGACCCUAGGGAUGGCGGGGACAUGCUCUCUCUCAUAUGCCCAAGAAGGAGAACCUUUCAGCAUCAUCCUAGAAGAAGCCGGAGUGAAAACGACGUGCAAUCUCGUUACGUACCUCCCGGAGUCGCCCGAGGAUAUUCCAUUCGAUAUCGAAGACCUUUCCUUCAAGAUCAUCACCCAAUCCCGCUGGUUGUUGGACGCCCUUGCCGAGAUUGCACCGACUUCUCCUGACAAACUGACGGUUGUAGCCUCGCGAAGGCAACCAUAUCUCCGCCUGUCUAGUUCCGGAUCACUUGGGAGUUCAAGCGUCGACUUUGCCAAGGGGCGUGAUCUGCUCGAGACCUUCUCUAUCCGCGACCGUUGGGUGCAGACUUUCAAGUUCGACAUGAUAAAGUCGGCUAGCGAGGCGAUGAGGAUCGCGACCAAGGUCAGUUUACGGGGGGAUGGCCAGGGGGUUCUUAGCAUGCAAUUCAUGGUCGAAGUUGAGGGUGGCGGGGUCAACUUCUUGGACUUCCGAUUUGUUCCCUACGCUGUCCACGGGGAUGAGGAGGGUGACGAGGAAGAUGAGGGCGGCGAGGCCGAACUAGAAUGAGUCCCUGCUCUCAGGGAGACUAUCAGGGAGACUAUCUCAAUAUCUACACCCCUUUGCUCAAAAAAAAUCAGUUUCGGAUCUCCGAAACCCAGUCGAAUCUUUUACAAGUGAUGCUCUUGCACCAAUAGCCUUGCUACCGCUCUUAUGAGGGUCUCAGAUAAAUAUAUUGGUCCUACAGUUCUCGCUUAUACUUCGGGAGACAGCCUUGACCCCUUGCAUCACUCAAGGAUCAAUAUUGGGCUCUUCCAAUCCUUCUUCUUCCCUUUCCUAAUAGUAAGACAUCGUCUCUAGAUAACCUGGCAACUCAGG